AUGGCGGCCACCAAAAAUGGCCACCGAACCCGCACUCAUCGCUCUCGACAACCAACCUCGCUGGACAAGCGCGCCUUCUGGCUAGGAGGCUCUGCUGCCACUGUCACCACAAUCAUGGUCUUGAUCCUGAGCUUGGAUCCGCAACGAGACAACCUCGAUGCCAUCGAUCUCGCCCCCAUCCUGGCCCAAGAGAACCUUGAAGCUCUGCACAUUCAGCAACACCCACGGAGAGACUCGGAGAAGACACGGGAUCAGACUGCCAAAGCCAUUGUCCGCGUCUUUCCAAGACGGCUGGUGUCACCAGCAGCGCCCAUCACGAACAACACCACCAAGCUUGACCACACCAAGCCAAAGCCCCCUGCUGCACUCACGCCUGCUGUUAUCAGAUUGCCUGAGUCCGAAGAAGUACCGUUGGAGACCGCGUCCCCUUCGAUGCCCAGCCCAUCGAUGGCCACUGUUUCAUUCACUGAGGCAGACGCUGCAGCACUCACAUCAAAAGCUCAAGUUGUGCAACAAUCCAAGCGUCCAACGAAGCAAAGACGCCGCAGUCGCUUAGACUCUGGUAUCGAAGCUACAGAUGAAUCCACAGCGCAAGAGUGCAGCAGAAGCUCGGCGCCAGCCCAGGUCGCGUGCGUGUCCACCAACAAGUGCAACGCUUCACCCCGCCCAAAUUCGCCUGCCGACGCAAGUGAGGGCGACUGGAUGGCACCACGCCGUGGGCGGGCCACCCUUCCCUUGUCCAUCGCCGUCCAACACCGCUGUCCUGUCUCUGUUUCGACCCGAGAAGCAAUACUGCCCAGCCAUGCACAGGCCAAUGACAUGGAUUCCAUGUCGCACAUGUCGUUUGAGUCAGCAUCCUCGUCGGCAAACACUUUAUCCCACGCAAACCGGCGCCGAGCCCGGGUGCGGCAGCGCACCCACGCAGGCCAGAGUACCCGAAUGCAUUCGGCGCGAUCAGCAUCCCCUCCCACCCAGCGUGCUCGGCCAUCGAGAAAGGCACCCGCCCCCUCUCACACCUUGACUAGUCGCCAAGACUCGGGAGCUGGCUCCUCUGACGAGACAGACGCUUCACCCGUGGCCACCACUAAAGUACUGGCCCAGCUGGAGGCAGCACUGUCCGCACCUGAGUUUGUUCCUCACAAUUCGACCUAUCUUCACGUGGAGCCUGCGAAUCAAUUCGUCGUGAACAUGCCAAUGAGUCCCUACGGUACCCUGGUGUUUGAUCCAGCUUCGGGCACUUGGCUGCAGCUGAUCGAUCAGAGCUUCAUGUGGCCAUACCCCUGCGCGCCCCACACCCUCAAAUCUUCCUGCCCGGAUGAGCCCGGCGUCAUGGGUGCGGGAUCGAUUGCCACGAUGGGCUCGCCGUGA